GGCUAUUCUGCUUUUUAUCCUUUUACCCAUGGUGGUGAUCCGUGGAGAAGUUGGGGUUGUGUCAUGUACUUGUUUAGUCAUUCAGCAAAGGAAUUGAAAAAUGCAACAUGGGGAAACGUAUGCAGUCGUGGACGAAGAUGAGAGGAGAAAGUAUGGUGCAUUUGAAUGAACAAGGUCAAUGUGUGGGCUUUUGUGCGUCGGCGACUCAUCAAUGAUUACCAAAACGGGAUAAAAGCACCGAUCCAGGCGCUGUGAGUAAUGACUGCGCAAGUCAUUUAGGGAUAGUACUUUUCGGUCAAAACAUUUGGGCGAAAUAUUGGAUAAGGUGAUUUUUGUGAGUGAUUUUCGGGCAGUGAACAAGAAUUGAUGUUUUGAUUCGAUGCAUUGGCGAUCAUGCAAAUACGAAGCCUUCCGAAUCAUGAGAAAAUGGAGUCACAAAUUUAUGACAUCCGAUCAAAGCCCAAGCGUGUUUGUUUUUCGACAGCUGUCCAACUGUAGAAACACCAUGGAAGCCGCCGAUUCACCUCGAAAAGAUUCACCCGCCACUCCAGAAGAGAAUAGCACUAAAAAAGGUCUUCGCACCGUGAACGGCGUGCAGUACGAUUUCAACGAUCCACGAUUCGCCGGCAUGGGCACUCGUGCCAUUAAGCGCCUUUUGAAGCAAGAACAUUGGGAAGCCACCCGCGAUGAACGUACGAAAAUCCAGCGUGAAAAGCAAAGACGUAAAAAGGAAGAACGCCAAAAACUUGUCGAAGAAGGGGUACUGGAACCCCGCCCCAAGCGACAGCGUCACCAAGAAAUGUCGCUAAGCAAUGUUGGUGUUGUGAUCGACUGCGCUUUCACUUCCUACAUGAGCGAGAAGGAACUGCACUCGAUGCAAAGUCAGAUUGUUCAUUGUUACAGCAAGAAUCGAACAGCACCUUUAUCGAUGAAAACCAGCAUCACUUCCUUUGACGAGGCUCUUCGUACGACCUUCGAUAAAAAGACUUCCAGCUGGACCAAUUGGAAAAACGUGGACUUUUUGACCGAGACUUACGAUGAAAAGUUUGACAAGGACAAUCUAAUAUACCUUUCGGCGGAUUCCGAUAAUGUGGCUCAUGAAUUAGAAGACGGCAAAACAUAUAUUAUAGGUGGCAUUGUCGAUAAAAACCGUUACAAGGGAUUAUGUCAGAACAAGGCGGUCGAGCAAGGAAUCAAAACAGCCCAACUACCCAUUGGCGAAUACAUUCACAUGGCCAGUCGGAAAGUGUUGACUGUCAAUCAAGUCUAUGAAAUCAUGCUGAAAUGGCUGGAAUACCGGGAUUGGAAAAGAGCGUUCAUGGAUGUGAUUCCUCUGCGCAAGCUGAAAGAGAGCGUGAUUGUGGAUCCCAAGCAAGAAGAAGCAGGAUCUGAAGAGCAGAAAGCCGAAAAAGGCGAAGCAGAAGAGGCGAUAGAUGCCCCACAGGCGAAUGAGGAUGAUGCAGAUUCAAAAGAAAAAGAAGCAACGACAUAAUAAAGACGCAGUACCGUGUCCUUACUUGAACUUGUACAUGUUAGACAACGAAAAGUGGAAAAUGUUACCAUCUUGGAACCUUUCGCUCGAUAAGUUCACGACAACGAUUAU